UUUGGCCAACAAUAAUGAGUUCAUCUGUUGUAUUUAACAAGGACAAUGUAAAAUAAAUCAUGUCUCUUUGUUCGAAAUAUAAAUUGAUAUCAACUAUUUAAGUGCGAUAUAAAUAUCCGAUACACUACCAAGUAAGAAAAUCUGCAGGUGCAUAAUUCAUAAGAGAUCUAUUUAUAAACCGACGUCCUUGAGAGAUUUUAACCGAAAACAAGUGUUAUUAGUUUUGGAAUUUGUGUACGUAGGCGACAGUUUUAAUAGAUGUUGUUGAUACAUUCGUGCAUCCUAUGUGUGUUUAUAAAUUUGUAAAACAAGAGUGAACAAACAUGGACGGGACAGGGAUUCUUAAUUUACUUUUAGUGACAUCUUUCUUAUUUAUGCAUUGCCAAAUUGUAUAUUCAGAAACACAGAAUCCUAGAAUAUAUUAUAUGCACAUAAAAUCUGAUGUGAAAUUUCGAUUUGCAACCACCUUAGUAACCAGCAAAGUAGCUAAUAGUGCCAAGACUCCAAUUGAAGCUCAUUUUGAAGUCACUCUUCCCGAUGCAGCAUUCAUUACAGAAUUCAUCAUGGAAAUCGAUGGACGGACAUAUCCUGGAGAAAUCAACGAGAAAGCGAAAGCCAAGGAGAAGUACGAUACAGCUAAGAAAAGGGGUCAAAGUGCUGGACAUGUGGCACAAAAACCAAGGCAUACAAAUCGUUUUAAUGUUGAUGUAAACUUAGCAGCUGAGAGUAAAGUGACCUUUAACCUUACUUACCAAGAAUUAUUAGAGCGAGUCUAUGGAGAAUAUAAACAUAUUAUAUAUGUAGACCCAGGUCAGAUUGUGGAGGACUUCAAGAUUGACGUAUAUAUUCAUGAGUCAAGGAAUAUUACACAAGUCUCUGUGCCUCGGUUGCGAAAUGAUAUUAUUUCGGGGACCAAUGAAGAGAAAAACGCUUUGGCUGUCAUUGACCGACCGACAAGAAAAUCGGCCACUGUUCAUUAUGCCCCGACAGCCGAUGAUCAGAAACAGAUGUCUGACCAGGGAAUAUCAGGGUUGUUUGUUGUUGAGUAUGAUGUCCAGAGAAAAUUUGAUGCUGGUGAAGUCAUGGUUGUUGAUGGAUACUUUGUUCACUUCUUUGCGCCAGAAGGUAUGAAACCCUUACCAAAAGACGUCUUAUUCAUCUUAGAUGUGAGUGGGUCUAUGAGUGGCACUAAAAUAAGACAACAAAAGAGUGCCAUGAUCAGAAUUUUGAAGGACCUUCCCGAAGGUGAUCGUUUCAACAUAAUGCUGUUUAACGAUAACAAUCGUUUAUGGCAGCCAACAGUAUUGUUGGCAAACAACAAAAACAAACAGGAAGCACUUCAAUAUGUUAACAAAGAAAUGAUCGCAAGUGGAGGGACAAAUAUUAACGAUGCCAUUUUGUCAGGAAUAAUGUUUUUGAAUUCUAUUCCAAGUAAAGAAACUACGGGAAAUCAAAGGAAAAUACUGGUAUUUCUUACUGAUGGGCUAGGCAGUAUAGGCGUUGAUACGGUUCUUGAUAAUAUCGACAAGAAAAAUAUCAGAGGUUUGCCUAUUUUUAGUCUUGCCUUUGGAAACAACGCAGAUUAUGAAUUUGUAAAGAAGGUUGCAGUAAAAAAUAAAGGCGUUGCUAGAAAGAUAUUUGAAGAUUCUGAUGCAUCGCUACAGAUAAAGGGCUUCUACGAUGAAAUUUCAUCAUCUGUAUUACAAAAUGUUACCUUUAAAUAUGCUGCUCAAAAUGCAACCAAAAUGAACUUUGAAGAUUCAGGUGCAUCGCUACAGAAAAAGGGCUUCUACGAUGAAAUUUCAUCAUCUGCAUUACAAAAUGUUACCUUUGAAUAUCUUGACAAAAAUACAGAUGUUACUGAGUAUGCAACCAGAACGAACUUUGAUGCGUUUUUCAACGGAAAAGAAUUAGUCAUUGCUGGCAAAUUAUCCGACGACACCAUACAAGUGCUGAAACUAUUGGUUACUGGUAAUGGGGUGCAUGGAAAUGUGGAACUGGAGCUUGAAUCGGAUAUUCAGAGUCGUGAUCCGGAAUUGUUAAAAGCUGGUAACUUCGAAAAAAUCACCGAAAGAAUAUGGGCAUAUUUAACAAUCAAACAACUUCUAGAAGAAGCCAUCGGUGAAACCAAUGAAUUUGAAAAGAAGAAGUUAAACAACAAGGCUCUAGCAAUGUCUUUAAAGUACAAGUUUGUCACACCAUUGACCUCUAUGAUUGUUUUAAUGCCAGAUGAUCGAGAUUUCGCCAAUUUAGAAGAAAAUGAAGAUGCAAGACUUGCUCUUAGUAAGAUAUCUGGUAAGAAACAAACCAGCUCUACGUUAGGUAAUACGAAACAAACCAGCUCUUCGCCAGGGAGUAGUCCGAAACGAGGAGGGGGCGGAGGCGUAGGUGGAAGCAAUAGUUAUAGUCGAGGAGGAGGAGGUGGAGGAGAUCCACAUUUUAUGUUGAGGAUUUAUGGUAUUGAAUUUCCGCUAUGCUUUGAUGUCGAUGCACGUGACGGAGAUGUUAUCAGAAUGUUGAAAGAUCCAAUCGCAGAUAUAACCAUUUAUGCUGGCAUUGUCAGAUCAACAAUGAAGAAGAAAGAUGGAGAGUUUAAAACAUUUAUUGGAGAAAUUGUUAUACUGGCACCGGCUGCACGAAUUGAUAUAAAACCAGACGAAAUUAAAUUUAAUGGACAUGUAUUAUCCUGGGAUGACGCAAGUGUCUUUGAAAUGGAAGGAAUUAAAAUCCACGCAAAUGACAAUGUACUAAAUGAUAGAACAGUACACAUAGAUUUUGGAAAUGACAUUAGUAUUGAAAUUCGUCGACUUAUGAAAGAAGGUUCUGAACGUGUUGUUAGCUACCUGAACAUGUACAUCGACAACGAAAAAGGAAUAUCAGAUAAGGCUGGAGGUAUCUUAGGCCGGUUUGUUCAUCAAAACACAACUCUGUUUAAGAUUGGUCUUGACAAAAAGGGAAGACAACACGGACACUUUAGAGAGACUGAAAAUACGAGUAAAACUCAUUUUAAUGCAAUUCUUCACAAGAAACCAGAUAUUAUUACUGGCAAAAUGGUCUGGUGUUGGAAUGUUCAUAUGAAAACCAAAGGACUUCUAGGUGGUGACAUAAAAGAUUAUGUCAUUUCUGAUAUUGCUUCUACAUAACUUUGAUUUUUUAUUAUUAUUGUAAAUACGAUUAACCUUUCCGACUUCAAUUUUUUUUUCGGUAGAUUUUAAUGGCCCUGUCAUUCAUAUUCACCACUUAACGACUCCGGUCAGGAAUCAAAUAUUGGACGUUUUAUUUAUUUUUCACCAGCGGUUAACGGAACCUAUAGUAUUAAGGUCUUUAUAAUCCUUUUAUUAACCAAAUGUUCAAAUGCGUGUGCUUAUUUCCGAGAAACAUUGAAUCUAGAUUUUCUUCGGGUGGGGACGAUAAAAGAAACCUAGCUGUUUUUAAUGAAAUAGGCAAUUUGAUCUUUAUCAAAAAGGGCGUGUUGAUCACGACUACUAGGAGCAAAAUUAUCAGCGAAACUCCGGUUUACCAGAAAAUAUCUUUGAACCAUCAACUAUGAGGCCUGUAAAUUUCGUGUUGGUCAACCUGAAAGCGAUAAUCAGCUGCGUAAAAGAUUGAUUUUCUACGAGAACCAGUAAUUUUACUUCUGAUUGUAUAUUGAUAACAAUGACAAUAUGGUCAGAUGUAGAUUUGUAUGUAUAUUUAUAAUUUUUAUUCAACAUUAAAUUCAUAGACCUAAUAUCGCAUCAUAGCAAUAUAUUUGUAUAAAUUAAAUUUGCAUUAAAAAAUGAAUGGUGAAACAUUAGUUUGCACCUGUUUGAUUAUUUGAAUAUCAAAAUGUGUGCCUGGUGUUUUUCAAAAUAUUAUAUAUUAUAGGAUUAAACGUCUUUUGAAAGGAAUUUAUUGGUGUAUAAACUCGACUAAUUCACUCACAAACAAAUAAAAGUCCGAAGGACUUUAAUGAUAUGUUUGUGAGUGACUUGGAUAGGUCCAGUUUAUACACCAAUAAAUUCCUUUAAAAAGGCGUUUAAUCCUUAUAAUUCUUUUAAAUUGGAGAUAAGGAAUUUAUUUUUCCACACUCGUAACCUCUAUCACACGUAAAUUGUAUAUUUGUGUCAUUGAAUAGGCCUGGCACAUGAAUAUAUUUGUUGGUUAACGCAAAAAAUAUGUACUCCAUGAAAUUUGCAAUCUGAUAAAAAAAUAAACUACAAAAACUCUUAUUAUCAUUUAAA